CCGUAGAAACCGGAAGUACUCGAAAAAGCUCCAGCAAAACAAAAACAAAUUGAAGCGAAAUAAUCUUACUAAAAAUAAUAGUAAUGUCACUAAAAAUGGAGAAUCAAACCCCAAAGCCAACGAGUAACGAGUCACGUUGCGUAUUUUUUAACACAGAUUCAGAAGACUAUCGAUGCAUGGUGAUUUUAACAGUUAAACGAGCCACGGGAACUUUCUCCUUAGUAGGAUGCAUUUUCAUGCUGUUUGUGAUCUGGCUGCUUCGAAGGUAUCACUCUUUGGCUCAGAAGAUGAUUCUCAGCCUGACUGUAGCUGCCUUCUUCGAUAGUGUAGCAUAUGUCAUGGGUGAUUCACAUCCGGAGGGAUCACUCUGUGACUUCCAGGCCUGCUGGCUGACUUAUUUUGACUGGAGUGCCUUGGCCUGGGUCUGCCUCAUCACACUAAACCUGUACCUGAACCUGGUCCGAGAAAUCAGCACCAACAGAUUUGAGAUGUUCUACCAUCUGACGGCGUGGGGGGUGCCUCUGGUCAUGGCCUCUUUGCCACUGCUAAAGGGUUACUACGGCCCCGCAGGAGCCUGGUGCUGGAUCACAGACGAUCACGUAGCCUGGAGAUUUGGGAUAUGGUAUGUGCCUCUGUUCAGCCUCAUCUUCCUGAUGAUCUGCUGCUACGCCAGGAUCAUCUGCGUGGCCAAUGCGAGGAUGCAGUCGUGGUUGGGAACUUUCAACCCCGAGAGAGAGAGACGAAAGGUUUCUUUGGCUGAAGAGAUCAAGCCAUUGAAGUGGUAUCCUUCAGUCUAUCUCCUGGUGUCCAUCUUUCCUCUCAUCAACAGGCUCCACAACGCCUUCUACCCACAGGAUCCGUCCUUCUCGCUCACCCUGUUGCACGUCCUGUCAGCACCACUGCACGGCUUGGCCAAUGCCUUCGUUUUUGGGCUGGAUAGAGAUUGGUGGAGCCUACUGAGCCCUACUGGCAUGCAGCUGGCUCUGCAGUCACGGCUGUGUGACAGGACUCGGAUCGGAGAGUACCACCCCGGGGCGGUGCGCUACACACAGGCUGACCUGGUCGACCUCAGCGAUGACGACGACGAUGACACCAACGUGCUCUUCUACUCUCCUGACAUGACCCUGAAAGACCGAGGGCCCUGAGAGAGAGAGAGAGAGGGAGAGAGAGGGAGAGAAAAGGAGCACGAAGGAGGGUCACAGCCAGAGAGACGCAGCGGAUUAGAAACUGAGAGGCAGGAACAAGAGGUAGGGAGGGAAUGGAAGGGAAGAUUGGGGGGACAGUCAGGCAGAUAGAAGGCGGAGAUGAGCUGUCAGGUUCCAUUAUUAAUCCCCAUCCUUUACUAUUUAAUAUCCUAAAGACACACACACACACAUACUGAGCAGAGCUGCAGCACUCUGCAAUACUACCGAGAGAGAGGAGCUAGAAAGAAGCGACUCUAAAGAUCGUCCUAAUGUUAAAGGCAUCUGCUGCAUCCCAAAGGUCUUAAAACAAUUUCCCCUCUCUGCACUGCCUUUCGCGACUCCUGCCUUCUGCAGCAUUUUGGCAUGCCACAAAAAUGAAAGGGGAAAGAAGAAACCACAAAGAACGGUUGAAAGGCAAUCAUAACAAGGUGUUAGUUUAGUAUUCGCAGCAAUUACCUUUUCACUUCUCUGCAGGGGAUGAGGUGAAAAGCAGGCCUUUUAAAAAGCACCCUGUGUCAGCCGUGAAAGCAUCUACGCCGAGAUUGAUCCCGGUUCUGAACAAUUUUCUUCCCGAUAGGGGGGAGGUGGAGUACAGUGGAAAUACAGGAGGGGGCUUAAAAAACAGUGAAGAUGACUUGGUAGGGAAAAUAAGUCUCAAAGGAGUCUCCUUUCUCCAGCAGUAUUUGUUUUGUUUUUCUAUUUGCAUAUGGAAUCGGUGCAACUUUUCACAAAAGUAUUACUUUGAAAGUCUGUUUUCGUAUUUUUAUUAAAUGCUUCAGUUGUUUGUUAUAUUGUAUUUAUCAAUGUACUGUAUAUAUUUAAGUGUACACUCUAUUUUUGUACGUGCCUUGGACUGGAAUGUGGUCCAAACCUGCUGCUCUCGUGUGACAUAUUCAAUAGAGUGUUGUAGGGAUGGCAUAUUUUUUUAGGUAAACCCAGAAGUUUGCAUCGCACUGGUUCUCUUGACAAAAAUCUAAUCUGAUUUUUUUGGAAGGAUUAUUGCAGAAAAUAGGUUCUGUGGUUAACAAAAGUUUAUGAUACUUGCAUGUUUUGUUUAGCAAGGUAUUCUUCACAAAUGAACACUGCAGCAAAUGAGCUGCUGCAGCUCUCACCGGAGCUGUGUCCACACAGACAGAGUUUCUGCUGCUGUGCUGCUGUGGCGUUGCCUGCAUUGAGUUUGCCUUUAAUAAUGGCCAUAAAUAAUAGAAUGCAACAUUUUGUUUCUACCAUAACCUUUGCACAGUUAAAAGCCGGUAUUCUACCAAUUUCUAGAGCCAUUUAAAUUUACUGCAUUUUCCACAACACAGUCCUGCAGAUAUAUCAAAUCAAAAUCUUUGUGUUAACAAAUGAAGGGAUUCCGGCCACAAAAAGAACCAUAAUAUUUAAAAAAAUAUUGAGUUAAACAUUUUUUUAUGCCUGUGACAUAUACAGAUAGAAACACUGAAACUGUCGGUUCUGUUGCUGGCAUGAUGUCAGUAUGACUAUCAAAAUAUAUUUUCAAUGUCUAUUUUUGCUGAGAACAGUGGCAUGACACGGAAAACAGGGGAGCAUUCCUAUGCUGUAUCCAACACUAACCUGGAGCUAAACAAAGAGCUUUCGCGAAAAUGUGGCCCAGGCUUUAUAACUCUUUAAAGCAUAAAUACAAUCACCUGAAGUCAAAAACUAGUGUUGGGGAAUGAACAAACUACACCACGGUCACAUGACUUUAACAAUGUGACUAAGCUGACAAUGUUUAAUGCCCCCAUAAACUCUGGUCUCAUUUAGGCACUUGUCAGAAACAGCCUCAUUUAAGACACUUGAAAGCUUAAAAAUUCUCAAGUAGAAUAUUUAAUCAUGUUUUGAUGUAGUUGAACUAAACAUGAAGGUCAUUUAAGCUUGUGUUAACCACAUACCUCAUUUCAGGCAGCUAAACAAACGAAUAUUUAAAAAAAAAACAUUAACUUCAGUAGAUGGGAACCGGAAGCGCCCAAAUGCUAACUAAUUUCCGGGUGUUAGGAUUCAUCCCUGCAACACUCUAUACAUACA